AUGAAUCUUUCGAAGAUUGCGCGCGCCGUGUCGCGAUCGUCUCGUGAUUUAUUACACGGUAAUGGGACAUUGGGAACCAUUACAGGAAUACCACGGACGAAUUCGUGUUCUGAUGGAGUGGAAUCAGUAUUAGGGUUUGUUCGGAGCUACGUUUCUUCAGCCAGAGCUCGCAGUAACGGCAUCUUUUCCAAUUUUCCUGAUUUUAAAUUUGUUGUUGCAAACCCUAGGACUCGCCGAUUGUUCUCCAGUGAAGCCCCAAAGAAAAAGAAUUAUGAAAAGUUUUAUCCCAAAGAAAAGAAGGAAGUUCCGAAGGGAAAUGACAAAAAAUACGAGUCUAAAGAUAACUCGAACACAGAUGGUCGUGGAAAUUUUCAGGAAGCUUUCAUGAAGCAAGUUCAAAAACUAAUCACCCCGUUGUUGGUUAUGGGGCUGUUUCUUUCAUCCUUUUCUUUAGGUCCUCGUGAACAGCAGGAGAUUAGCUUUCAGGAGUUUAAAAAUAAGCUUUUGGAACCAGGAUUAGUAGACCAUAUUGUUGUCUCAAAUAAAUCAAUUGCCAAAGUAUAUGUAAGAAAGUCUCCCCGCAACCAAAAAGAUAGUGAAGAAGUCCACGAGACCCUGCCUGCAAAGGGAUCUGAAAGCCAGUAUAAAUAUUAUUUUAAUAUUGGAAGUGUUGAGUCUUUUGAGGAGAAGGUAGAGGAAGCGCAAGAAGCCCUUGGCAUUGACUCUCAUGAUUUUGUGCCUGUAACAUAUUCUUCUGAUCCGGAUUGGCUCAGGGAACUGAUUGUAUUUUCUCCAAUAUUGAUCGGUAUGGGAAUUCUCUAUUAUUUUGGAAAGAAAAUUCAAGGUGGACUUGAUGUUGGUGGCGGUGGCGGUGGUAUGGGUGCUCGUGGAAUAUUCAAAAUAGGAAAAGCGCAUGUUACUAAAGUAGACAAAAAUACUAAAAAUAAGAUCUAUUUUAAAGAUGUUGCUGGCUGUGAUGAGGCAAAGCUAGAAAUUAUGGAGUUUGUCCACUUCCUUAAGAACCCAAAGAAAUAUGAAGAACUUGGUGCAAAAAUUCCCAAAGGUGCUCUCUUGGUGGGUCCUCCAGGUACAGGAAAAACACUUUUAGCGAAAGCUACUGCAGGGGAGUCUGAUGUGCCAUUUCUUUCUAUAUCUGGUUCUGAUUUCAUGGAAAUGUUUGUUGGCGUUGGACCAUCAAGGGUGAGAAACUUGUUUCAGGAAGCGAGGCAAUGUGCUCCUAGUAUAAUAUUUAUUGAUGAGAUUGAUGCAAUUGGUCGAGCAAGGGGGCGUGGUGGUUUUUCUGGUGCAAAUGAUGAGCGUGAAAGUACAUUGAAUCAAUUGUUGGUGGAGAUGGAUGGUUUUGGAACCACUUCUGGAGUUGUUGUGUUGGCAGGAACAAAUAGGCCUGAUAUCUUAGACAAAGCUCUUCUUAGACCUGGGCGAUUUGACCGCCAAAUAGCAAUUGACAAACCUGAUAUUAAAGGUCGGGAUCAGAUAUUUCAGAUCUACUUGAAGAAGAUCAAACUUGACCAUGAACCUUCAUAUUAUUCUCAAAGGCUUGCAGCCCUUACUCCUGGAUUUGCUGGAGCAGACAUUGCUAAUGUCUGCAAUGAAGCGGCUCUGAUUGCUGCAAGAAAUGAAGUGACACAAGUCACCAUGGACCACUUCGAGGCAGCCAUUGAUAGGAUCAUUGGUGGUUUGGAAAAGAAGAACAAGGUAAUAAGCAAGGCGGAAAGGCGUACUGUUGCUUACCAUGAAUCAGGCCAUGCUGUUGCAGGUUGGUUCUUGGAACACGCAUCGCCCUUAUUAAAAGUGACUAUCGUUCCACGUGGCUCAGCAGCACUUGGAUUUGCACAGUAUGUUCCAAACGAAAACCUUCUCAUGACAAAAGAGCAGCUUUUUGACAUGACUUGCAUGACACUCGGUGGUCGGGCUGCUGAGCAGGUUCUUAUAGGAAGAAUAUCAACAGGGGCACAAAAUGACUUAGAAAAAGUUACCAAGAUGACAUAUGCCCAAGUAGCAGUUUAUGGUUUCAGCGAUAAAGUUGGUCUCCUCUCGUUCCCUUCAAGAGAAGACUCAUUUGAGAUGUCCAAACCAUACAGCAGUGAAACUGCCGCCAUCAUCGAUAGCGAAGUGCGCGAUUGGGUAAACGAAGCAUACAAACGAACGGUACAACUCAUUGAGGAACACAAGAAACAAGUUUCUGAAAUUGCUGAGUUGUUGCUUGAAAAAGAAGUACUUCAUCAGGAUGACUUGCUUCGAAUUUUGGGUGAGCGACCAUUCAAGUCUACUGAACCCGCUAAUUAUGAUAUUUUUAAGCAAGGCUUUCAAGAAGAGGAGGAAAAAGUAGAAGAAAGUACCAUCGUAGAUGUGCCUGAGGAAGGUGGCGGAUCUUCACCGUUAGAGCCCCAAGUGGUUCCCACAUAA